AUGACCACCUCCAACACCAACACCCAAACCCCCAACCCCUCCAAUCCCUCCUCACUCCCCUCCCGCUACGAAAUCCGAAAACUAGAACCCCACCACGCCCCCUGGGCCGGUGCCAUCCUCGUCCACAGCAACCUCUUCCACUCCCCCGUCUGGCCACACCUCUACCCCGAGAACCUCACCGCCCGCCUGCAUCGCAGCUUCCCCGCCGGAGAGUACCUCGUCACGCACCAGAUCCAAUCCGGCAUGUCCUUUGGCGUCUUCGACACGCAGUACGUGUACAAACGACCCGAGAGCGCUGCCACGGGCGGAGCGCUGUACUGGGACGCAUCGGAGCCGAGCGUGCAGGAGAGCGGGGGUCUCGAGGCGGAGAGUCGGAGGUUAUUGUUGCAGAUGGAUUUCCCGCUCGUCAGUAUCGCGCUGUCGUAUGAUGCGUUUGAUCCGUUGGAUUUUAACAAGAUGGGCGCCCUGGUGGAGUGCCUGCCCCAUUUUGGAAUCAUCUACCAUGUGCUAGCUCAGGGGGACAGGCGCGAUCCGGAUCCGAGUGUGCCGAGUAGGAGGGGGGAGGUGCUGAAUCGUAAUGGGACGGCUACGCGUCAGGAUUAUGCUGGGGAGGGGAUCAUGGCGGCAUUGGCGAGGUGGUUGAUGAAGGAGGCGGCGGGACGGGGGUAUAGGGGGAUUCAGAUUGAGACGUCGAGUGAUGCUGUGAAGAGCGUUUGGGAGAAGGCGGAGGAGCCGUUUAAAGGAAGUGUGGUGUCGAGGUUUGUGACGUCGGAGUAUGUGGAUGAGGAGGGGAAGAGGCCAUUUGGUGCCGUGAGGCAGGAGUGUGCAAAGAUAUGGGUGGAUCUGAAGAGUGAGGAUGAAAACUGA